AGUUCAAUUUAAAUUACUUGCACGCUAUGGCGUCUCUUUGACACUUUUUUCCAUCACAAUGAUUACAGAUAUAAAAACUGGGCCCAGGCCCAGGCCCAGUAGCUAUAUCUAUGGUGCUACUUGCGGUGCACUCCAUGUGCUAGGUCCGGUCCAGUGAGGUGCCACCCAUGUCUCCGCGUAAGCCCGAUGUGGGGUCCACAGAGGCACUCAUGAGUCAAAGUCUACAGCUGUGACUCCGGAGUCCUUCAUCUCCACCGGGCUUGUCCAUUCUUUCACAGAAAGGACGCACCACGUGAGCAUAUACAACUGUGGGCCCCUACCACACUCUAACCACGCGUCCCAUGGGCGCGUGCUGCUACCUCUCCAAGUUGUAUGUCGGUGCCUUCAACCUUUCACCGGUUCUUUCAUGUCGUGUACAUUGCCUGAGAGCCUCAUCUCUUUCCAGUCUUCACACCUUUCAAAUAUAAAACCCUUCAUUCCCACCCAAAAAUCUACGCUCAACCUCACCUCUUCUACUCUUCUCCCCGGCGCACGUUAGCCACAAUCCCUUCUCUAGAGAGAGUUGGCAUAAUUGUAGAGGGAGAAUGGCGUCAGCGGCGAGGCUAGAUCUGGACGGAAACGCCAUCAAGCCGAUGACGAUUUGUAUGAUCGGCGCCGGAGGAUUCAUAGGAUCGCACCUCUGCGAGAAGCUUAUGGCCGAGACGAUGCAUAAGGUCUUGGCCGUUGACGUCUACAGUGACAAGAUCAAGCACCUUCUCGAGCCGUCUACGCAUCCUUGGUCCGAUCGCAUUCAGUUUCACCGCAUCAACAUCAAGCACGAUUCGAGGCUCGAAGGACUCAUCAAGAUGGCAGAUCUGACUAUCAAUCUGGCGGCGAUCUGUACUCCCGCGGACUACAAUACUCGUCCUCUCGAUACGAUUUACAGCAAUUUCAUUGAUGCCCUUCCAGUGGUGAAAUACUGUUCGGAGAACAACAAGCGUCUCAUUCACUUCUCGACUUGUGAAGUCUAUGGGAAAACGAUUGGGAGCUUUCUUCCCAAAGAUUCACCCCUCUGGCAGGAUCCCACUUACUAUGUCCUCAAAGAAGAUGCCUCCCCCUGCAUUUUUGGUCCGAUUGAGAAGCAGAGGUGGUCCUAUGCCUGUGCAAAGCAAUUGAUUGAGAGGUUGAUUUAUGCUGAGGGUGCUGAGAAUGACCUAGAGUUCACCAUUGUGAGGCCCUUUAACUGGAUUGGGCCCAGAAUGGAUUUUAUUCCUGGCAUUGAUGGUCCUAGCGAGGGCGUUCCAAGGGUUCUGGCAUGCUUCAGUAAUAACCUUCUUCGUCAUGAGCCACUCAAGCUUGUGGAUGGUGGCCAAUCCCAGAGAACCUUUGUUUACAUAAAGGAUGCUAUUGAAGCAGUCUUGUUGAUGAUUGAUAAUCCUGCCAGGGCUAAUGGUCACAUCUUCAAUGUGGGCAACCCCAACAAUGAGGUUACUGUUAGGCAGCUUGCAGAAAUGAUGACUGAGGUUUAUGCAAAGGUAAGUGGGGAACCUUCUUUGGAGGUACCAACUGUGGAUGUAAGCUCCAAAGAAUUCUAUGGUGAGGGAUAUGAUGACAGUGACAAGAGAAUUCCAGACAUGACCAUAAUCAAUAAACAACUUGGUUGGAACCCUAAGACAUCGCUCUGGGAUUUGCUUGAGUCAACCCUCACCUAUCAACACAGGACAUAUGCUGAGGCUAUUAAGCAGGCCAUUGCGAAACCAGUUGCAUCUUGAGAAGGGAAUUCUCACUUGGGGGGUGUGGUUGGUCAGCAAGGUGUCCAAUUCUUUGUAAGGAAGCAUUCGAUGUGUCUAAAUGAUUGAUUUUCAUAUACGCUACAAUUUUCUCUUUUAUUUUUUUGGGUCAUUUCAGGGUCGAUAGUCAAUAGUGCUCCCAGUUGCAGGAAUGUGGGCAUCUAGUAUCUAUUUUGAGAAAGUAGACUUUAUUAGGAAAUUAUUCAUUAUGUCACUGUAUGUUGUCAGUAGCUGGGCUACGAGUUACGACACAUUGGGGAAAUUAUACAAGGAAAGCCUGUUUUCUGUUUCUCAA